AUGCUCGCCCGCACCUCACGAGCUUUACUUCCAUCCAUCCGUCGCAGCGUUGCUCCAGCCAGCAUAAUCCGGCCUGCUGCCACUCUCCAACAAGAACCCCAAUGGGCUCAAUCACAAAACAUUCAGCAGCAGAGCGUGCGACGUAGCCUCCUCCACACAACGCCUACCCUACGCAAAGGACUGUUGCCGGAAUCGUCAGACCCGAAAGCUCCAAACCCGGAAUCGAGCAACGCUGCUGUUGCGGCCGGUGCUACCCAUGUGGCUGAAGCAACGCCAUUAUCGGACAGGGAUUAUCAUGAGGUCUCGGAGCAUUAUCUAAAUGUGUUGCUGGCGGAAGUGGAGAGGGUUCAGGAGGAGGGUUCGGAUAUGGAAGCUGAGUAUAGUGCUGGUGUCCUCAACGUCAUAGUACCUAGCGUCGGUACAUACGUCCUUAACAAGCAGCCCCCCAACCAUCAAAUUUGGCUCAGUUCACCUAUCUCCGGGCCCAAGCGCUAUGACUGGGUUGUGCAGGGUGAUCAGAUGCACGAGAAGCAGGAUACUCGGGAUUUUAUCAAAGGUCAAUGGAUCUAUUUGCGGGAUGGCUCUAAUUUGACCAAUCUUCUGAAUGAUGAAUUGACUCUUGAGCUACCGGAGGAUAUCUACUCGGAGCAAUAA